AAAAAGUGGCUAUUUGCCAUAUUUUGGAUCUCCUGAUGCGUCAAAUGUCUCAGUAUCAUGUGGAAGUUCCUAACUUUCUAGAAAAAGCUGGUUUUAUCUGGGUGUCGAAUCGUCGUGUCGGCGGGGGCUCAGCCAGGUGAGUUCUUGAAGGUACCGUUUCGCGGCAGUCGAUGCAAACUGGUGUUUCUUCCUUUUCUUCGGCGGACAACAUGGAAAGCAACCCGAACGUCGAUGCAAACGAGGAGGGACGGGGUUUUGCUCAAUCUAGUUAACUCGGAUGGUACUAGGGCAAGAACGCGUCGUCCGAGUUACAUUCAAACACCAAGAAGAAACGGCGUGUCUUGGAAAGGUCUAUCACGUGGCACUAACAGACACUGUGUAGAUGACUCCCAAAUGAGAGACUUGGUUUCUCACUGCACGACGGAAGGAGCGGCGCCGGACACCGUACGCCACCAAGAACUGCACGAAGCAAGUUUUCGUUUCGACUGAAUCGCGGAUGAAAGGCCUCGAUGUCUCCAGGUUGUUUUUUCCGUUUGCUCGUGGGGAAAUUCGAAGUUGUUCUUUUCCACGUCGCCGUUUCGCAGCCUCCGGUAUACCGCCUUCCCAUUUGUUUCCGCCGUCGCUGUCUUCCUCCCGUUUUAAAUCGAGCGUUUCUGGCGUCUCCCCUUCAGUUUUUGAGCAGGUCCGGAGCAUCUCAUUCCCUCUCAUCGCCUGCAUUCGGCCAACCUCCGCAAGUCACGAGCGCCGCUGCCCAAAUGAGAAUACUGCAGGUGUAGCGCUACCCUUCAGCAUGCCGAAGUAUGAUCUGUUCAAACCGCUGGACUUUUUGGCUUGCGUCAAGAGUGUCCAUGUGGCCUACCACCCGGGUAGACCGCGCUCCGAAGUGUGCAGGCAGCUGAUCCACCACAUGAAGUCCGAUUCUGUCAGAAAGAGAUUCCCCUCUCUUCAGGCGUCUUAUCAGCUUCUUGGGUACAACGCGCCGUCGACCAUAAAGAUCGAACUGAUAAACGGGAAGAAGCACGAGUUUCAGGCUGAGCACUUUAGUCUGCGGGAGAUGCAGAUGCGCUUUGACACAGACCAGUUUGAAGCAUAUCUCGAGUACAUGAAGAGCCAGUCCGUGGAGGCCAAGCCCGGAGACGACGAUCUCUGAGCGUUUUUUCACACUGUCGUUCACUAAGCUGCGUUUGCAGUUCUCCCGAAGAUCUGUUAAAAAAUAAAACGCGUCUUGCGUGCCAUCAUGAGCAAAACUCGCAAGCCCAUUCAAGCCUUUCCACGGCAUCGACUAAGCAGGAGACUUGUCUAAUCCUGGUAUCGUGUGCCUGUUGCCGCUGCAGCGGUUCCAAUGCGAAUAAAGAACUCUCCACGAUUCUCUGAAUUCAGUGUUCUGUGUUUUUUACCGGACACCCUAAACAUCGUUAAAUCUAUUGCCGGGAGCGAGUAACCAGAAUACAUUGCGCCGAAACGUCUCCAUCCAGUUUUUCUAUGGUGCUAAGAGGGCACAGCCAAGAUGACAGUCGGUGUACACAUAGAACCAACUGAACGCCAUGGACUGAUGCAGCCAAGCUAGUCUGGGUACAUACUGGGAAUCUUCUUGGCGUACCGUUAAAUCCUAGUCGUGCAUCACUA